AUGGUACGAUUUAUAUAUUGUCCAAUAUCUGGAAAAUCCACUGUUUUGGCAUUAGGCAUGAUGCCUCUUAACGUCUGGAUUUAUGCGAAAGAUACCGAGGCCAGCAAAUUGGUCAUACCUUAUCUUAAUAUGGCUUUAUCCUUAAUUAUGAUCACGUCUCCCGUCCUUUUUGGUAUGCUUUUGAAAUGGAAAGUUCCAAAAGUGUCUGAAUACGUUACCAAGUGUGGUAGUGUAUUAGGUUUGGUGCUUAUUGCAGUGGUGUUUGUAUUAGAAAUGAUAUUAUUUAGCUCUGCCCUUCUUCGUUUAACUUGGCAACACAUUGUGACUUCUGCGCUUAUGCCACUGGUUGGAAUUCUGACAGGAUUUUGUAUAGCAUUUCUUUUUAGAAGACCCAUCGCAGUAUGUAAAACGGUAGGAAUUGAAAGUGGUAUUCAAAAUGUAGCUGUAUCACUUAGUNAAUUUCCUUUCCUAUAA